GAUGGGGUGGGGGGUGGGGCAAUAGGAAUUACUCAGUUUGGAGUCCCAGGGAUUCCCUUUCAACGCUACGAGGAAGUUGCAGUAACAGAAAAGAGCGAAGGAAAGAGAAGAGCCCACCGGUUGAUAAACAAAUAUACCAGCAAAUCAGAGAAAUACCCAUGCGAUUACCACCUUCAAGAUUCGUGGCAGAGACUGAAAUGCAAUGUCUAGAAACUACAGUACUCCCACACUUGCAACCAAAAGUAUGAAUCUGUUGCUGUCAGUUCCCAGAGUUUCUUCCAAGGUGACAAAACCUAAUGGACUUCAAAGAUUUAGAGGCUGCCUUUAGAUAAUGUCAGAUGGGGAUAAGCUAACAAUAAUUGCAAGAGCUGAGAGAAGAGGAAUGGAGGAAGACUGAAGAAAGAAAUGAAAACACGAUAUAGCUACCAACAACAAUUAAGUGAUGCACUUGUUAUUCUUAAAAUGAACUAUUCAAAAUAUGUGCAAGUGGAUGAACAAUGCAGAAUAGAUUUAUCAGCUGCAAAAAUAGAUAAGUUAAGGAGAAUCAUUGAUGAGCAAACAGAUAAAAUCGAAUAUUUAACAGCGAUGUUAGAGGAAGAGAAAGACAUGAGAGAUGAAAAGCUUCAACGUGAAGGGUACGUUGAUGUGGAGUGGCAUCGGCAACAGAUGCGAGAGUUGAGAGAGCAAAUAGGUAGCCUGAUUGAAAAAAACUCACAGCUUCAAGAAAUUGUGAAACUGGGAGCGAGAGAACAGACUUACUUAGAGGGCGAACUAAAACUUUUGCAGAACAAAAUGGAAAAAGAAGUGAAGUUAACGGAAAAGUUAACAAAUGGUUUUGACUUACUGAAGGCGGAACUUGACAGAGAGAAAGAAAAACUGCAAGCAAAGAUUCAGGAACUAAAAGAAGCUCAAGAUGCUGCCACAAAGUUAAAAGAAACUGGAGCUCAGCCAUUAGCAAAGAAAGGCUCAGAUCUGGAAGGAACAGUGAAAAAGGGCCGAAAAAAAGACACCAAAGGGAAAACUGUCAAAGAGACAGCCAGUAAAGAGGCAGCUCUUAAACCAAAAACCACCAAAGAAGCAGGCACCAAACAAGCAGCCGCCAAAGAAGCAGCCACCAAAGAAGCAGCCGCCAAAGAAGCAGCCGCCAAAGAAGCAGCCACCAAAGGAGAUGGGACAAGUGAAAUUUGUGAUGAGGCAAUGGCGGCUGAGAGAAAAGCAUUAUAUAAUGAAAUAAAAAGGCUUAAGAAAGCUGAAGAGGAAGCAAGAUUGCAAGCACUAAAACUUCAGAAGGAAUUCAGUGAGUUGAAUCAAUGUUGGGAAUUAAAGUUUGAUAUUCUAAAGAGAAGCCUGCAUGCUAUUAAGAAUGAGAUGCAUAUUAGACAAUCACUGCAACAAUCAGUGAAAUUCAGACGCCCAUUACUAAAUGAAAGGAGAGCUGUACCUAUACACAUCCAGAAUCGAACUCAGAAUCCUCCACAUAAGCGCCGUUGGAUCUCAAGUAGUUUGUAUAUGCCGUGUUCACCUCUGCCGGAGAUAACUACUGAGAUAGAUGUUGAGUCAGAUGAUGAAGAUGCUAACAGUCCAGCUACACCUGCAGUACCCAGUGUUUUAACACCAGCUGAAACAAGUCAAAAAGAAGAUCAGAUUUAAACGCUAGGGGAAGUCAGGAUUUUUUGUAACAUAAAUUUAAACUUUGUAUCUCAUUUAUUAAUGAAAACUCUUUGAAACACAACGUUUGGAUCUGUUGUUAUGUAAUAUUAUGUACUAUUAUGUAAUCAUCUGUUCAAGUCAGUGGAGAAUUUCAUCAGAAUAAAAAUUUCAAAAUUGUGGUAUGGGAAAAAUUUCCCUAUGAUACUGUCAUAAUUAAAUACUUUUAAGAUUUGGGGUUAGCUGUGAAAAGUUCAUUAAUUAUAACACUUUCCCAUUACAACCAAGGGAACGAGUUGGCUUGAUUAAUGAACUAUAAUAAGUAUGAAUUACCAAUUAAUAUUGUUUAGAGUAAUCUUCUGAAGGUUCAGCAAACCUUCAGAUGGUUGAAUUUAAGACCCAUAAUCCCCUGCUAAAUUAUCCAGAAGAGAAGAAUGCUUUAUCUUACCAGGCUAGAAAUGGGGAGAUUGUGAGUUCCAGAUGUACCUUUAGCAUUGAAAAAUUGACUGGCUGACUUUGAAUCAGUCACUCUCUCUCAAUUCAACUCACUCAUAGGAUUGCUAUUGUGGAGAAAAUAGGAGGAGGAAGAUGUAUUGGUUAUGAUCACUUCCUUGAUUUAUUUUGUAGAAAUAAGGUGGGAUACAAAUAAAUACC